CAUUCUCUCGUUACUCCUAUUACUUCCUAACGUUUUUUUAGAAGUGUUCAGCACAAUGAUUUAUAUAGUACUUAUAAAUAUUAUUUUAGUAAUACAUAUUUAAUUUUUAGUAUUACUGUUUUACUAAUAAGUAAUUUAUGUUACUCUUACAAUAAUUUUUCAGCAUGAUUAUAUUGAUAUAAUAAAAUUACCAUCGUCAUAUUUUAUUAUUAUAUUAUAGUAGUAUAUUGUGAUUUAAGAUUCGGUAUGGUAUUGUUAUAUUACUUUGAAUAAAUAAUAUUAUUAUUGAGUUACUUUUACCCAUUGUUCUAAUAAGGUAGAAGAUAAUUAGUCUUGUAAAAACAAUUCUAGGCUUCAAAGUUCGUAGCAUACUUCUACCAUGACACAAGCUCAACUAGGAGAUCACCGGGAGGAUCCAACACAAGUACAACAUUCCGGUUUGUCUUCUCCCAUGUGGAACGAUGAGAAUUUACCAAACCAUGAAUUUAUAACAUUGAAACAAGAUGAAGUAGUUAUAGUGAUGGUUCCAUUUCCAGCUCAAGGCCAUCUCAACCAACUUCUCCAACUUUCAUGUUUAAUCUCCUCGUAUGGUCUACCUGUCUACUUUGUUGGCUCGGCCACACAUAAUCGUCAAGCCAGGAUCCGAGCCAAUGCCUUAAAUCCUUCAGACAUAGCCAAAGUCCAUUUCCAUGACCUCCCAACUCCUGAAUUUACCUCACCACCACCUGAUUUUAAUGCAUUGAGCAAAUUCCCAUCACAUCUUCAGCCAUCAUGGGAUGCUUGUAUGCUUCUUCGCGAGCCCAUUGCUUCUUUCUUACGUGAUAUUUCAUCAAAAGAAAGACGAGUCAUUGUUGUUCAUGAUCCGUUAAUGUCCUAUAAUGUUCAGGAUACUGCUUCUCUGUCCAAUGCUGAAUCAUAUAUCUUUCGUUGCAUUUCAGCUUUCACUUCGUAUACUAUGAUAUGCUCAUCUUUGAAGAUGUCUGUUCAACUUGAAGAGGAACUGCUUAUAAAGCUGCCCGCCCUUGAAGGAAUUUCAACCGAUGAAGCCAGGGACUUUUCAGCCUCUCAUCAUCCAUACAUGGAUAUUCGAUCAGGUGAUAUCCAUAAUACAAACAAAGUAAUUGAAGGCAAGUUUCUUGAUUUGCUGGAACAAGCAGAAACUAAUCAGAACAAGAAACAAUGGGCAAUUGGACCUAUUCUGCCUACUAAACUCGUUCAUAUUUCAAAUAGGAAUAAUACAUGUUUGGAGUGGCUGAACAAACAACCUCCGAGAUCAGUUCUUUAUAUAUCAUUUGGAACAACAACUUCAUUUUCCGAUAGAGAAAUCAAGGAGCUCGCGAUGGGAUUAGAGCAAAGCAAACAGAGGUUCAUAUGGGUGUUGAGAGAUGCAGAUAGAGGAGAUAUCUUUAAAGGGGAGAUUAGAAAAGUUGAGUUGCCUAAAUGGUUUGAGGAAAGAGUAAAAGGGGUCGGGUUAGUGGUAAGAGAAUGGACACCACAACCAGAAAUCUUGGCUCAUUCAUCUACAGGAGGGUUCAUGAGUCAUUGCGGAUGGAACUCUUGCAUAGAGAGCAUUACUAUGGGAGUUCCUAUAGCUGCUUGGCCUAUGCACUCUGACCAACCAAUGACUAGUUUCUUGGUGACAGAAGCGUUAAAAAUAGGCCUGAUUGUUAGGGAGUGGGAGAAACGCGAGCAGCUAGUGAGUGCAUCCACUAUUGAAAAUGUCGUGAGGAAGUUGAUGACAUCAAAAGAAGGAGAUGUGAUUAGAAAAAGAGCAGAAGAAUUGGGAGAAGCUGUAAGGCAGUCCACAGAGAAAGGGGGAGCUUCUAGAGCGGAGUUGGAUUCUUUCAUCGCGCAUAUCACAAGAUAGACGAAGUAUUUUCAGUAUCUUUAACUUUUAUGCCUAUAAGUUGGAUGCUUUCUUUGUACUUCUCUCUUGACAGAUAAUAUGGUUUUAAUAUGAAUAAAUGUUUGCCAAGAUAAUUUGCAAGGAAGUUUAACUUUUAACAAAUGGAAGUCAAGUCUUUGGUGAAAUCAACAAUUUCACUCCUUCCAA